GGCUGCCUGAGAGGAUCCAUCACAGAAACACACCGCCCCCUCCCACUCAGAGAGCCCCCGCUUCAGAUGCAACUCAAAAUACAUAAAGCCUCCAUGUUGCACGGGAAUGAAGGGCCAGCUGAUAUGAACUGUUUGCUUAAAAGUGUUAGCUAACUCUGACGUCCAGCAACUUGCGGUCGAUACAUGUGUUUGGACAAGAACCACGACGGGCUUCCUAGUGUUUUCAGCGUUGUUCCUGACACGGCCUCACAUUUUGGAUGAUCGGAGCUCCACAGCUAACUCGCUAACCUAAGCUACUUGCUAACUUCAGCUAGUUAGCAAUUCAACGUCGGUUUGUAUUUGUGUUAGCCGUUCACGCUGUCGGUGUUGUUCGCAAAAUACUUGUUUGCAGCAAUGAUAUUUUGCCAUAAAUGAUAGCCUCCCACUGGCUUCCAUUCACCACCGUGCUAGCGAGCUGGCUACACCCGCUGCCUCCACACUUCUCCUCGGACGGCUGCCCUGCUUUGUGGGCUGGCUGCUCAUCUCCAUCCUGAACGGCUAGCUAGCAGGAGCUAGCUAACGCGCGCUAGUACGAAUAACAUUGUGGGGAAACAAACAGGAGUAACCACCCGUCUAAAUGGACCACAUGUCCAUAAUAACCCAAGUUUCCAACCCGAAGGAGGAGGAAAUAAUAUCCUUUAACCAGGAGAAAGCGUCCCAGUCGAACAGCAGCCUAAAGAAGCAGAGGAGCCGGAGCAUCUUCAGCACAUUCUUCUGCUGCUUCCGCAACUACAAUGUGGACCCCCCAGCCACCAACAACAGCAACACCAGCUCCCUGCCUCCACCUGUUGAGGAGAAUGGAUCGCCUCCCAAGUGUGACCAGGUCGAGGUCAUCCCUGUCCCUAGUCCACCAGCUAAAUACCUCCUACCAGAGGUGAUAAUAUCUGACUACGGCAAAAAGUGUGUGGUGAUCGAUUUGGACGAAACACUCGUCCACAGCUCUUUCAAGCCCAUCAGCAACGCAGACUUCAUCGUCCCUGUGGAGAUCGAUGGAACCGUUCAUCAGGUGUAUGUGCUGAAAAGACCCCACGUGGACGAGUUUCUUCAGAAGAUGGGAGAGCUGUUUGAAUGUGUGCUGUUCACAGCCAGUCUCGCCAAGUAUGCCGACCCUGUGGCAGACCUGCUGGAUCAGUGGAGUGUGUUUCGAGAGCGACUCUUUAGAGAAUCCUGCGUUUUUCACAGAGGGAACUACGUCAAAGACCUCAGCCGGCUGGGACGAGAGCUCAGCAACGUCAUCAUCGUCGACAAUUCACCCGCCUCUUACAUUUUCCAUCCAGAGAAUGCUGUCCCUGUCCAAUCCUGGUUUGAUGACAUGAAUGACACGGAGCUCCUGGACCUGCUGCCUUUCUUCGAGGGACUGAGCAAAGAAGAAGACGUUUACGGGGUCCUGCAGAACCUGAGAGGCAGGUAGCAGGACGCAGCCCAGCGCCGCCCGCGCUCUCCAUCUCCUACCCUCUAGCCCCCCCCUCUCUUUCCACAACCACGUCUCAGACUCAGGCAGAUCCUCCCGCACGCGCCCCUCUUGUCUCUGCCCCAAGGGGGGACGCCCUGGAGUCUCACUGUGGAAAAACCUGUCAUGUGACCCCGCUCUCCUCUCCCGGUGACCGGCUGCCUUCUGAGUGCCGUCAGAAAAAAGAAAAAUAUCCCAGGAGCACUGUGUUUGACGGAAAAAACCCGCCAGAAAGUGUACAGAGAGUUGAUAAGGUCGGGGGACAAAAUGCUAAGAGGAAUGAACUCUGGUCUUUAUUUUCAAAACCAACCAAGUUUUAGUAUUCGGUGAAGUGCUUAUUUUAAAAACCAAAAAAAAACACAACAACGUUUUGUCUGAAAUUUUGUGGAACCACACAAAAGUCUGAAAAAGAUUUUGUCCGCGUAUUGUUGCUAUGCAGGCAGUUUCUGGUAGUAGGAAGGACUGUGAUUCUCUCUUCUUACUGAGAAGUGCCUUGUGUGAAUGUUGUUUUAUAUGGGGAGAUAUUUUGUACAUGGCAUAUUUCCAGAGUACAGUCCUUUCACGCGAAAUAUGCUUUCAAGUGGACACAGAAGUAAUCUUGAUAUACAAGUUUUUUUGAUUAUCAAAUGCUGAGUUAACGUCUCCAUAGUAUUCUCUUUUUUUUUCUCCCAGUAUGCUUGUGCCAUUAUAUAGAUGUUUCUUUCUGCUUUAUAUGUAGAAUUUAUUUGUUUUUAGACAAAGGAGUACGUUUGCAAUUGUGAACCUUGCGUUUAAUAAUUUGAUCUGAAAGCUCAGAUAAAUUGUGCCAUUUAUCUUCUCUCUCUUCCCUCCCCUCUUCCUUAUCUCUUUUUAUUAUUUGCCAAACAAGAAAAUUAUUUAUUAUCAUAUCUUUAACAGUGUUUCAGCUACAACUGUUAAACCAUUAGUAGUAAGUAUAGCAUUAUAGGUUUCCAUCUUUUGACUGAUGUUGUUAAAUACUUUUGUAUGUUUUUAAUGUUUUUGUUUGUAAUGUUGUGCUUAUCAUAUGGAUAGCUGUUAGCUCAAAAUGUGGUUUUAUUUUUUGGGACACACUUGUACACAGUUGCAAAGGUAUCCCUUUUUGUUGUUUCUAUUGGUGUGGGAUCUUACAGUUAAAGGGUCUAGUGCCAUGUUUUUUAAUGUUUUUUUCCCCCAUGAGGUUAGUGUCUUUAGGGAAUAUAGGAUUAGCGCUCGGAGCAGGGGGCAGUGUUAAAAUCACACCAUUCUCUCCAGAUUUACAAACGGCGAUGGACGAUGCGAUGUUUACCUUCCGGACUCUUUUGAACUGCUCUUCACCUCAGUGCCUACGUUUGAGAGGAGCCACGCAAACCGAAUGCUGCAAAAUUAGCUACCAUGGCAAUAACCUUUUUCAGGGGGGGGUGGGGGGUGGGUGGAGGGUGGAGUUUCCAUACGAAGUGUUUGGGUGUCGAGAGCACUUGAGGAGGCUGGCCCGUAGGGGUUUGGUUUACACUAAAAGCUGCGACUUCAGUGUUCAUUAUUGAAACAUCUAUUUGUCACAUUCAUUGAUCUGCAAGCUGGACAAACGCAUAUAACAUUGUCUUAGCUAAACAAUGUUAAUGUCAUAGUUUGUUGGUAAAGAAAGUAUUUUAAAUAGUUUUUUUAAAAGGACGCCUUUCCAACCUACAGAUGGGUGCUGAGUAUUAGGGGCCAGCUCUAAAUGGAAAACUACAGGGGCACUGCGUACGUACUGUGAGGAACCUCAUCACGGCACUGAAGCCUUACUGCCUGCGGAGGCACAAAAGCAAUGUGUCUUCAUCGAUUCCAACAUUACAUCCACACGUUUUAGCAUCGUCUCUUUAGUGCGGAGUGUAAAAUCCACUGGGCGAUAUAUCUGUAGACCGUAUAUGGCCGGGUGAGUUAACAUUAUGAAACAAAGAAAAAACAAAGGCUCUGGUGCCAUCAAGGGACGCUCCUUUGCUUUAUUGCUUGGUUUCUAUGCUCAUGAUGCAUUAAAAGACAUAAACUACUUCAUCAUUUCCAACAUUUUUUUCAAGUUGAAAGGCUGCUGCUCUUACAGGCGUAUUGAAAUAUUUUCCUUUCGCGUAAGCAUUUGUGAUGAUGGUGAGCUCAUGAUGAAGGUUUCAGUGCAAUGUCCUUUUCUAAGAAGUGUUCGGUGGACUUCUCAACCUCUCAAUGAUGACCUUUCUCUGAAAAUGUUGUUUGUAUCAUUGUGAUAUUUUUCUACUUACCUUUUCGUCAGUAUUUGGUUUGAGAAUGUCCAUAUUACCCAUUGUAUCUGCUAUUGGCUUUUCUUUUUUUUUUCUCCUUUCAGAUCUGUCAGGUCCCCGUCUUGCCUUUGGUGAGAAUUCUCAGUCAGGUCUUGUUUUUCCUAUCAGGGGACACGUGUGUUUGUGUGUGUGUGCGAACUACGCGGGCAUCUUGUUUGUACUUCCUAUCUGUUUUUCUUUGUGUUUCACCUCACUCAAUAUCACACUUUCAUAAUUUAGUAUUGAAUUAAGCACCAGUUCUACAACACUUGAAUUCAAGUCACUGUGGGGUGUUUUUAUUUGUUGGUGAGGUAAUUAAUUUCUUUUUCUUUAAAAAAUUUAAAAAAACUCGCCUGUUCUUGUUGGUUUACUUUGAGUGUUUGCAGCGUGUUGUCAUCCUGAGCAUCAGUUUUUUUUCUUUAUUCCCAUAAUAAAAGGCUUCAUUGAAA